GCUGGCUGGCUGCAGCUCUGCGUUUCCGUGUUGGUUGUGGGAAGAGAGGGGGUUACAGAGAGGGGGUGAGAUUGACUAAAUCGGCUUGGAUUACGCUGUCAAUAGCAUCUUUUCUAUGGAUGAGGAGUAGUAUCGGAUGAAGAACGCACCCGUUGUCAAAGAGGGAAACUUGUUUUUGGGUAUAUUUUGACAUGGAGUGUGCCGUGACAACACCCCCUGACAUGUGAGAUUUACAGAGCAAUAUAGCUUGGUAGAAGACUGCGAUUGUGUGGCUGUUGCCAUCUCGCUUAUCCAUUUAUGGUUGCUCAUUUGGUCCAGUACUUGUCGCGAUCCUCGUCUGUAUUGGGGGAAAAAUGAAGAAGUUUAAUAUCAGAAAGGUGCUAGAUGGUUUGACGAACGUGUCAUCCUCCUCCUCCGCAUCACCUCAACCGGGAAACAGGGAAAAUGACACAAUUCAGGAGAACCUGCAGUCGGAGCAUUUCCAGCUCUGCAAGACUGUGCGCCAUGGCUUCCCCUAUCAACCCUCAGCAAUGGCUUUUGACGCUGUACAGAAAAUCCUCGCCAUAGGGACUCAGAGUGGAGCUUUGAGGUUGUUUGGGCGAGCAGGUGUGGAGUGUUACUGCCAACAUGAGAGCGGCUCUGCCGUCAUCGCGCUACAGUUCCUCAUCAACGAGGGGGCGCUGGUGAGCGCGCUGGCCGACGACAGUAUCCACUUAUGGAACCUGAGGCAGAAGCUGCCGGCGGUGCUGCACUCGCUCAAGUUCAACAGGGAAAGGAUCACGUUUCUCCACCUGCCCUUCCAGAGCAAGUGGCUCUACGUGGGCACGGAACGGGGGAACAUCCACAUGGUGAACGUGGAGUCCUUCACUCUCUCAGGCUACGUCAUCAUGUGGAAUAAAGCCAUUGAACUGUCCUCUAAGACACACCCCGGCCCAGUGGUACACAUCAGCGACAACCCUAUGGACGAGGGCAAGCUGCUGAUUGGCUUUGAGUGCGGCAUUGUUGUGUUGUGGGAUCUGAGGACCAAGAAAGCAGACUACCGCUACACCUACGACGAGGCCAUUCACUCGGUCGCCUGGCACCACGAGGGCAAGCAGUUCAUCUGCAGCCACUCAGACGGCACCCUGACCAUCUGGAACAUCCGCGUGCCUGCCAAACCUGCCCAGAUCAUCACGCCUCACGGUAAGCAUCCUAAGGAUGGCAAGAAGCCGGAGCCAUGUAAGCCGAUUCUGAAGGUGGAGUACAAGACCACUAGAGCAGGGGACCCCUUCAUGGUGCUGUCAGGGGGCCUGUCCUAUGACACGGUGGGCAGACGGGCCUGUCUGACAGUGAUGCAUGGGAAGAGCACGGCCGUGCUGGAGAUGGACUACCCCAUCGUGGACUUCCUCACGCUGUGUGAAACGCCCUAUCCCAAUGAUUUCCAGGAGCCCUAUGCUGUGGUCAUUCUGCUGGAGAAAGACUUGGUAGUGAUCGACCUGGCGCAAAUCGGAUACCCCAUCUUUGAGAACCCGUACCCCCUGACCCUGCACGAGUCUCCGGUGACGUGCUGCGAGUACUUUGCUGACUGCCCCGCGGAGCUGAUCCCGGCCCUCUACUCCGUAGGCUCCCGGCAGAAGAGACAGGGCUACAGUAAAAAGGAAUGGCCCAUAAGUGGUGGCAACUGGGGCCAGGGGACGCAGAGCUACCCAGAAAUCAUCAUCACAGGACACGCUGAUGGGUCCAUCAAGUUCUGGGACGCCUCAGCAAUUAUGCUGCAGGUGCUGUACAAGCUGAAGACGGCCAAAGUGUUUGAGAAGGCUCGCAACAAGGAGGACAAGCCGAGCACGGACAUCGUGGACGAGGACCCGUUCGCCAUCCAGAUCCUGACCUGGUGCCCAGAGAGUCGCAUGCUGUGUGUGGCGGGAGUCUCUGCCCACGUCAUUAUAUAUCGCUUCAGCAAGCAGGAGGUCACCACUGAAGUAGUGCAGCUCCUGGAGGUGCGUAUGCCGUACGAGCUGAAUGACGUGGACUCUCCGGAGGCGGCGGGAGAACAGACCCCGGCCGUGUCCACGCCAGGGGCCACCUCCAGCCCCCAGUCGGCCCUGCCCCCCGCGCAGACACACCCGUCCACCAGCAGCAACUCGUCCGACGGACCCCGAGAUAACGUGCCCUGCCUCAAGGUGCGCUGUUCCCCUCUCAAGCAGUCUCCAGGCUACCAGGUGGACCUGGUGGUGCAGCUUCUAUGGGUCAGCGGGGAGCCCCCCCAACAGAUCACCAGCCUCGCCCUCAAUUCUGCAUAUGGCCUGGUCGUUUUCGGUAACUUUAACGGGCUGGCCGUGGUGGACUACUUCCAGAAGACCCUCCUGAUGAACGUGGGUGUCCAGGAGCUGUACGGCUUGGCCGACCCCUUCCAGAGGCAGCCGCGCUCUCCGCGCAAGGCCCGACAGCCGUCAGGAGGUGUCUGUGAUGUUAAUGACGGCUCCAAUGCCUCCGAGGACCGCUGCAAAUCCCCCACCUCAGGCUCCUGCUCUCCAUGCAAUUCUGACGAGGAGACCAAACACCAUAAGUUCAUAGAUAAGAUGAAGCAGAAAAGCAGGCGCUUUUCCAAGACGGUAGCCAAUGACUUAGCGAAGAUGUCACGGAAACUAGUCACGGUGCCUGAUCAGAAACAUGAAACUGUAGCUGAGCACAUUCAUAGACGGCGCUCUCUUCAGCCCAAGAAGCGUGUGUGUGGUGUAAGAACGGCCGCCCAGGUCAGCAGGAACCGGGCCGGGAGCUCCAUCGUGCGGACCCCGUCGGCCCCCGACCUCUAUGCGAAGGACAGCUCAUUCAGCCGCUCACGCAGCUCCAGCGUAACAAGCCUGGAGCGGGAAUCCCGCGAGAUCAUCUCCUCCUUUCACUUCAGCGAGACCCUGAGCCGCAAGGGCGAGGCGAUGCCGGGGCCCAGCCUGUGGGUGGGCACCUCGCAGGGCAGCAUGCUGGUGCUGCCCCUCACCGUGCCCGCCAGCAGCGAGCUACGCAUGCAGCAGGCACCCGCCGUCUCCUUUGGAGGUGUGGUGACGCGCCUGAAGGGCGGCAUCCUCUCCAUGGCCACGCUGGACUCGGCCGGCGCCCCCCUGCACCCGCCAUACGAGUUGUGGUACGACCCCAACCUGCCGGACGAGCGCGAGGAAAAGGACCGCUGGAAGCGGCGCCGGCCCGCCUCACCUCCCUCCGGCAGCCAGGAGGGGGCGCCGGACACCCACUACGUGGUGCUCUGCUCGGAGAAGCAGGCCGAGGUGAUCGUGCUGCCCGCGCAGACCAGCGUCUUCAAACACAACAUCACCGAGGCCUCGUUUGUGCUGCGCGCCGACGUGGUGCAGAUGAACACCGGCUGCUGUAUCGCCUGUUUCUGUGCCAACGGGCACAUCAUGGCGCUCAGUCUGCCGAGUUUGCGGCCUCUGUUGGAUGUGAACUACUUGCCCCUGACAGACAUGCGCAUCGCCAGGACCUUCUGCUUCUCCAACCUGGGCCAGGCCCUGUACCUCACCUCCCCCACAGAGAUACAGCGCCUCACCUAUAGCCAAGAGACCUGCGACAACCUGCAGGAGAUGCUGUGUGAGCUCUUCACUCCUGUGGAGACUCCAGAGGCGCCCAACAGAGGCUUCUUCAAGGGUCUGUUUGGAGGAGGAGCGCAGUCUCUGGACAGAGAGGACCUGUUUGGGGAGACAGCGGCGGGUAAGGCGUCCCGAAGCCUGGCGCAGCACAUCCCGGGGCCCGGGGGCAUGGAGGGCAUGAAGGGGGCCGCGUCGGGUAUUGUGGGCGAUCUGGCGCGUACCCGCAUGGCGCUAGACGAGAGAGGGCAGAAACUGGGCGAGCUGGACGAGCGGACGGCCGCCAUGAUGGCCAGCGCCGACUCCUUCUCCAAACACGCCCACGACAUGAUGUUGAAGUACAAAGAUAAGAAGUGGUACCAGCUCUGAUGCCAGCGCCAGAGGGCCGAUGUGGCUGAAGAUCCCCUCUCUCUUCCUCUUCUUCCUCUUCCUCCACUUCUUUUCUCUCUCUCUCUCUCUCUCUCUCUUGCUCUCCUUUUCCUCCAAUCCUCUUCUCAUCCCUCCCUCCCUCCCUCCCGGAGGGCUGACUGAUUGACAGACUGCCACUUCUUUAUCCGAGCACAAAACUCGCCCCGUUCGACCUCGGUCAUCUGAGGAGAGACAAGCGCACCAGAGGGACGGCGACCUUUCCCCCUGCCUCUCCACAACAGACCCCUGACCACCACCACCACCCCCUGCCCCCAGCCAGCCCGCGGAGCGCUGAGGAGAGAAGGAGAGAGGGAGGACGAGUGCAGAGGAGAACAUGAGAAAGAGGAGUUGUCAAGACAAGGAGAGGAGGAACAGCCUUUGUGUGUCUUGUUCACAUUAGCCACGCUGCCAUACUACUACUGCUACUUACUGCUACUGCUGUUAAGGAGAGAGAAAAAAACUACUGAAGGACAUAUGAAGGACAUCUCAUGCCUCCUUCCUCUGAAAAGAACAGGAAGUAGAUGAGGCCAAGUAAUGCUGGGUGUUGUAGUUCCAGACACUGGGAAGGGAAUGGGAAGGACACGACAGGCAGACAUGACAGACUCUCCCUCUCUUUCCCACAUCCAGUGACUUCAAUCGCUUAUCUGCUGUGUAUUUUAUAUGUUUGCCCGCCCGCCCACCCCAUGCCCUCUCCCAUGCCCCCCUCACUGUCCCCUCCAUGCCCGUCCCAUGCUGUUUUGUUUUUUCACGGGAAAAAAGCCAGAUUGUCUUAUUCAAAGAUAUCAUGCUGAUAAUGAUGAAGUAGUUCUAUGACAGUCAUGACUGUGAUGAUGAUGAUGAUGAUGAUGAAGAAUAUGUUGUUGAUGUUGAAGACGAGCCUGAUAAAAAUGCCAUUAAUUAUACCUACUAAGGGCUGGUAGUUUGCAGUAUGGAACACAUAUCCUUUGCUGGGGUCACCCUUGAUCAGGCUGGGGAUGUAAGCAGAGCAAAGCAGAGCUGACUUCGAGUCCCUUGCAGACUCUGCCUGUUACAGUAUGAUAGGAUUUGCUGGGAUCUUAUCAUAAAAAAAACCUUAAUAUGGAGUUGGAAUGUUUUUCCUUACACAGGUUAUCACAUGCAUCACACACAUUUUAUGUAUACUCACAGAAAAUGCAAAUGCAUCCAUUCACCAAAACACACAUUAGUAUUCUAAUCAGCCUCACGUAGACAUACACACAUCUGCAUAUACACAUACACACACCACUCUCCUCACCUGCGUUGUGGACACGCUGAAUGCACUGUACUACUGAUGAGGACCCACAUAAAGAAUUGGGUCAGAUAUUUAAUGAAGUGGACAGUCAGGUCCCAGACGUGUGAAGAUGCAGCCUCAAGCUGCAAGGUCAUAGCAGAGGGAGCUGCAACCUGUGUCGAUCGAGAAGUACUACACACACCAGAGACAUGCUAUAGCUGCAGGUUCUGUGCUUGUGUGUGCGUGUGUGUGUGUAUGUAUGAUGUCAAGUGUUUUUCUUGUCUGUUUUUCUUUUAAUGGCCGUGACGAGGCAUAUCAUUAGUCGUUUGCCUGUCUGUGCACUUCCUGGUUAAAAAGUGUGUGCUAACAAUCUUAACAGCCCAGGCCUCUCCUGCUGAACUCUACCCGUGUGUGUGUGUGUGUGUGUGUGUGUGUGUGUGUGUGUGUGUGUGUGUGUGUGUGUGUGUGUGUGUGUGUGUGUGUGUGUGUGUGUGUGCGCGCGCGCGCGCUUGUUUGUUUGCAAGGGUGCUAGAGUGUAUAUGUGUGGUUGUCAUUGUGUGUGUGUGUGUUUGUUUGCAAGGGUGCUAGAGUGUAUAUUGUGUGUGUGUGUGGUUGUGUGUGUGUGUGUGCACGCGCUGGGGACAGACACUCACUGCAUACAUCUCGUGUGAUGCCACAUCACUCUCUUCACGUCACCUCGAGGGCCUUUGUCUCCUGCUGAACAGCAUGUUUGUCUCAUUUGUGUGAUGUUUCCCGGUUUCGGCGUCAUCACGGUGGACUGGACGACAGACAAAUGCAUGUGUCUCUCCCAGAGUUCGUGUCUGAUUAAUUUUGGUCAGUGUAAAGAGUCGCCUCAGCCAAAUCCCACCCCCAACUCCCAAAACCUGCUGAAGCCCAACACCACCUCCCUCUCCUGUAUUUGUUUUGCCAUGCUGAUAUGCCAACCCAGAUAUGUGUAUUCUUUACUGGAAGUACAUAUAUGCAGGAAUAUAUGUCUGUCUGCAUAUAUUUAUACAAAGUACAUAGAUACAGUAUAUUUUAAGGGAUGUAGUUCCCGAAUGGAGUUCUUUUUUUGUUGUCCUUGUAAUCAGUUUGUUUAUUUCAGAUCACUUUUUGAAAUACUUGGUUUUGAUUUAGGCUACAUUCUGUUUUGUUUAAUUUAUGAAGUGCGAGAGGUUGCGGUUAUUUUUGUUUCUCUGUGGGAGCAUCAUCCUCUGUCCCUGACUUCUGGCUGAAGGCUUCUUUCCCUCCCUCUCUCUCUCUCUCUCUCUCUCUCUCUCUCUCUCUCUCUCUCUCUCUCUCUCUCUAACUCUACCAGUAUGUUUGUUUGGAUGUUCAUUUGCGUUUUCUCUAUCAGUCGCUGCCAAAUGUUGUAAAUAUUGGGACACUUGAAGUCUUAAUCACAGAGUGCUGAUGUCAGCAAGGUGACAUUGAUGGCCAUCUCUUGUUCUCUUUCUCUCCAUCUCUCUCUUUCUCGGUCUCGGCUGCCAAAAGUGGCCCCACGGCGGGGCCCACUCCGACGGUCAAUCAGAGAGGUCUUUUUAGAGAACUGAUGACAUCAUAGAGCACUCAGUGAGGUCACUCCCUCCCGCCUGGAGCUCUUUGUUUCCGCUAGCGCAUGCUCUUAGUCUGUGCAAGCGGUCAUAUGGGGUUUUGCACUAUGAGUUUUUAUGUUGUAUUUAUAAUUCUGUCAGAAGUCAUUUUGAUUCAUAUUUUUGUAAUUUUUUGCAAAGUGUUUUUUCUUCAUUUUUUGUUUUGGCAGUUUUUGUGUGUGCGUCUGUGUGCGUCUGUGUGCGUCUGUGUGCGUCUGUGCGUGUCUGCGCGUGUGUGCGUGUGUGUGAAGGACCAAAUCGUGAUGCUGAAGGAUACAGGCCGGUGUGCCGAAGGCAGGUCAUCUGGGAGUGGCUCUCUUUCUCUCCGUCUCUCUAUGAUUCAUCUUCAGUGUCUGCUCAAUGAUAUUCUAAUAUAUUUAUAUAUUUGAAAAUAUAUAUAUACUUUUAAUUUCAAGAUAUUUCAAGAUAUAAUACUUUUAUUAUAUUAUUUAAAAAAUGAAGACUGCGUUUUCAAAAUAUCAAAUUUGUGUGUAUGAAUGUGAGUGUGGCGAGUGUAUCUAGCUAUCGGUUUAGAUAUCUAGAUAUAGCUCUGUAUCCAGUUCUGAAUAGUUGGGCUAUUCAGUGCGCGCUUGUGUUGCCAGGGGGCGCCAUUUGUAUGGGUGGAGCUCUGCUGGUGAGCUUCGGUGGAGCAAGCAUGUUCUUUAGCGUUUACAGACUUGAAGCAUUCAUUAUUGUCUCUCAUCAAAGCGUCAGAUUAUUUUUUUGUGUGCUCUACCAAUGUAAACUUUAUUUUUUAUUUCUGAUAUAUCUUCUUUUUUUAUUUGAGUGAUAUGUCUUUACUUUAUCAGCAGGUAGGAUCUUUCUUUCUGUUUAUGUGUUCUAUAACUUUUUUUCCGUUGAGAAAACAUUGUUGUCAUGCAAGCUUUUGGCCUCUCUGUCUAACUAAGCAGCCCACUCCAGUGCACGCCCCUCUCUCAGCACCAGACCUGAGACGUCGCUUGAGCCCAAUGUUCCCCGGCGUCUCACCUGCUGAGGGUUUUAAAAAAAAAAAAAAACUGGAGGGGAGUUGCAUCGAUUUGUUUUUAUUUUUCUGGUUGUAGCCACUUCACUGUACAGUUUUCUGAAGCUUUCACAUGGGUGUUUGUCUUAAUCUGCUGCCACCUACAAUGUAGAAACUCUGUUGAUAGACAUUACUGUGCAAUGGAAAAAAAUAAAUGUAAAACCAAUGUAUUCAAA